AUGGAGUACCAUAGUAGUGGUAGCCUGCCCCUGCUGGGCCGACCCAGGUACUGUCCUGGGGCCAGCUCCAACGGAGGUUACCUCUGGUUCUGGCUGCUGUGGACCGUUCUGAUCCUGUUCAGUUGUUGCUGUGCUUACCGACACCGCCGGGCUAAACUCAGAGUCCAACAGCAGCAGAGACAGAGAGAGAUCAACCUACUGGCCUACCAUGGAGCUACAUCCUACCCCUCCUCCAUGUUAGACCUCAGUUUCCUGGCGUCUCUGAAGCUACCGUCCUAUGAAGAGGUAGCAGCUCAGCCCUCCACUCCCCCACCUCCCUACAGCACUGUGUUCGCUGCCCAGGGGGGCGCCGCUCGCUACCCCCAGCCACCCCACCAUCCCCCGGGAUCACACCCCCACCCCGGCACCAGCGCCAGCGCUGCACCCUCCUCUUUCAGCUCUGACAACAGCACCUACGAGACCGACACAAGCCGUGCUUCCACGCCCACAACACUGUCCCAAUACGCUGCAGAGAACACUGCUGCUGUUGUCUUGGAGACAGUUGCCACGGUAACAUCCUCGGAGAUGAUUGUCUCUGUAUCUUCAGAGACCGAUGUGGAUGUUGCCGGUGGCAACAGGAUGGGUGUUGUUGCUGAUGCGCCCACCCAGUCUCCCCCCAAGCAGACCCUGUUCUCCCCCUGUGUGGACGUGUACCAGCUUGUCCCCCACACCUACAGGAGCGAGGGAGAGGAGGAGGAGGAAGAGCAGGAGGAAGUUGGGGCCGAUGAGAGUCAGUACCGCCACCGCCGUCUGACCGGGGACUCAGGCAUCGAGGUGUGUCGCUGUCAGGUUGAGGAAGACGAGGAGGAGGAGGAGGAAGAGGAGGAGGGAGUGGAGGAAGCAGGGGAUGAAGGAGAGGAGGGGGUGAGCGAGCUCCAUGACAGCCUGGACUGUCCGGUUAGAGGUCAGGGGUCAGGGGAGGGACUAACCCUGUGUAGCCCUGCCCCAGGAGACACCCCAUUGGCUGAGGAGGUGGUGAUUGUCAUGGAGAGCGUGUGA